ACUAUUUUGCAACCUUUUCCUUGUGUCAGAUAUUGACAUCUUUGUGGUCAUACUGUUUUUUGACCAGUAUCUCUAUUGAAAAUCUGUAUCUUAACAUUAUUGUUAUUUAUAGUGCAUAAAAAUGGUGUUAUUUGACACAGAAAUAAUCUUGUUGGUUGAAUAUUUGAACAUGAGAAAACGUAUUAAAGUUUUUGAUACUGAUGACUUAAAAGAAUUAAUUGAAACAGCCUUUUCUGCCAGUCCGGUGAAGCUUCCCCAAGAAUACCUUGUGCAAUGUUUUGACAGUGAAAUCCAAGAUUAUUUAGAUCUUGAUGACGAAAAGGUCCUGGAAGUAAACAACAAAAUAAAGAUUCUCCCAGUUUAUGAUGUUUCGUUAAAUGAGUCUUUGUCACGCUCGUUUAACGAACCAUGUGCAGCACAGCCUGACAUGAACAAGGAAAAUGAUGAAUCUAGCAGUAAAAAUGAAAAAUUGGUAAAGGAACCUGACGAAAAUGUUGAAAAAUUAUCUACUUUUAGUUGUGGUAGCUCUUCCAAUACUAAGCCAUGGCCACAUCCAUUUAUAAUUAAAGAUAAAAUGGUUCGGCCAUCCACACUCAAACUUCUGCAACAGAAAGUGAAACUAACUACUGCAGAUGUGACAUCUCUAUUCUCUUCGAUCUUGGAUGAAGUGAUUGAAUAUACAUACUAUCCAACACCAUGGCAAUACAUGGAACUAACAAUGGCGAUUUUGGUGAAGUGGCCUCAUCUGAUGAAUGCAUAUCCAACAGAAUUGGAUGCUAAGUGGGCAUGGAAAAAAAAACUGAGAGAAUUUUUCCGUAAUACUAGAAAGCGGAAAUGUGGACAGCUUCCUGAAAUAAUCUUAAUGAAAAGCAAGUUUUCUAAGCAACCAAAAAAAGAUGCUGCUCAUGAAAUUAAAGGAGCUGUUAGAAGCAGCAAUGUCUGGGGUGUUAAAAACCACCUACCAGCUUGUGAUCCAGGAGAAGAUGAUGAACCAUGGAGAUGCAUAGACGAACCCCGAACCCUUGUCAAGCAGUAUAAUGUGCAUCAUUAUAACAGAAAGAUGUCAGUAUUACAGGUUGCUAUGAAUAAAACAUUUUCAUGGCGGAGGAAAUUGAUUAUUGAAGAUGGGUGUAGUGUAGCGGAAUUAUUUGAUAAGUUCCCCCUGUUAAAAGAACCUCGACAGCAAAUAUUUGAGCCUCAUAUUCUUAUAUUCUAUCAUAUUCUUUAACUGAGUUGGAUGUUGACCUCUGUUUUCAACAGCAUUUAUCUAAAAAUGCAGCAAAAAUCAUCAGAUUGCAACCUCCUAAGCUACAUAUUGAUC